AUGUGCCGACUUUGCAAUACCCUGUGCAACUGCGACGGUGCUGCCGGAAACCCCGACAACACCGAAGAUAAGGCAGCCGAGCCGAUUCCAGAGCUCGUAGUCAAGCCUGCUGGCGAUGGCUCAGCUGACACCUUGGAAGCUGCAAACACAGCCCCCGAUACAGUUACGCCUGCCGACAUGGACGCAGCUACUCGAGCCGUCAACUUCUCUGCCACAUCUACAGCCCACGAACCCGACGGGACCUCUGCCGAGAUUCCAACUCAUUCACCUGCCCCGUCUGUAAACUCCAACCACUCCGUCCACUCGAACCACUCGAGCAGCUCAAGCUCCAGUUCCUCUGACACCUCUCGUGUCUCCGGCAACAAUAAGACUCGAAGACCUCAGACCAUCCCUGUUACCCAGCCUCCCGCCACGCAGCCCAAGAACGAUCAAGCUUCAACCACAGCGACUGCCGACGCGGCUGCCGACGCGACUGCAUCGGCAACGCCCGAUCCUGAGCCCGAGCAGCAGCAACGACCUCGACAUCCCCCGGACGUGCCUUGCAACCCGUACUCAUUCAUUCCUCAGGCAGCGCUCCAGACAUUCCCCCCUCUGAUGCCCCUGCACCCGACCACGCCCAUCCCGUUCAUGAACAUGAAUCAACAACAGUACACCUUUGUCCCGGCUGCGCAGCCGCAGCAGCAGCAGCCUCAGGGUCCGUACAUGUGGUACAAUCCCCCGAUCAUGGGACCGGCCCCUACUGCAGCUCCGAUUCCGCAGUACGCGGCCGGCACCUCGCCUUUCUGGAGCAACAACUCCUACUACCUCAGCAACCCGCCGCAGCAGCAGCCGAUGCAGGUCGGACAGCAGCAGGUGUACGUCAUGGCCAACCAGCAAGUGCCGAUGCAGCAGGUACCUGUCCAGCAGCAGCCCGUCUACAUGGUCGAGCAAGGCUACGCCGUCCCGCAGCCCCAGCCGCAGCAGGUUCCGUAUACGGUGAACGGCGCGACAGGUCCGAUUGUCUACUACCAGUAA